UUGCCACAGAGAGGAACCUAUUUACCACAACGCGGGUUUUUUAAAGAAAAAGCUCGCUAGCAAAGCCAGCCAAACAUAGGUGCUAUUUAACCAGCAUAUCAGUUCGGUUAAGUUAUUUUUUUACACUACCAUUUUAUAACCAUGUUGUUUUUGAAGAAUAGGUAUAUAAGAAAGUAGCAAAUGGACGGGGUUAUAGACUUUGGUUUGUUGUUUCUGUCUCGCGAAGUAUCAGUUGGCUUGCUAACUAACUUAACAUUAGCCAGCUGUUUACCAGUUAGCAAGAUGGUUGAGUGGCGCUAGUGGGGUGUUUUUAUGCUUCAGUAGCUCAAAUAGUGAAGUUUUCUUCUUUAAUAUAUAUAGUAUGCUUACGCUGUCCUGGAGUCAUUCGAUAUUACUGGACUUAACGUUGGAAGAUUCGCGGCUUGCAUGAUACGACACACAAAUUAGGUUUGGGGCCGGCGGACGCCACAAUAAUAAUGGCAGGCGUCAUCGCAAUGGCAUCUGUCAUUGAAGACUUUGAAAUUCAGCCAUGCAAGAAACGCAAAAAAGACAGUGACGCCCCAGGAGUCAAGACAAUCACCAAUUACUUCACGCCAGUAGCCAAGACGAUGGAGAAACCCUUCUCACCACCUCGCUCCAGCAUCACGGACUACUUCAAGAAGACCCCUCCCGCCACCAAAGUCGCCAGCCCGCCUCAUCAGUCCAAAGAGAAUGAGCUCCAUCCCGUGGAAGCUCUCGCCGGUGCUGACCACGCUGCAAAACGAGGCAAGCCCCCGUCUAAAAAGCCUGGAAGGAAAGUGGGAAGACCUGCAAAAAAGGCUCUGGUGAUGAACCCUCCUGUGGCUGAUGAGGAUGAUGUUGUGGUGGUUGAGAGCACAACUCAGUCAGAGAACCAGCCAGCCGAUGCCCCUGUGUCUGUGGAGACUGCAGAGGGCACAGGCAGCACAGCCUCGUCCACUCAAAACAGUGGUCAGACUGUGGGAGCGGAUGAGAAGGUUUAUGAAAGCGACUGCACAGACGAUGUAACCGCAAACUCCAAUCAGGAUAAAAUUCUAAAGGAAACUUCAGAAAGUGGCGUUCCCUCUGUGAGGACGGACCCAAAGCAGGACGGCGCUGGUCGUCUUGUGAGUUCCACCCCUGAGGAGAAGGGAAUGAGAGGCAGGACCGUGAGAAAGAAUGGCAGAGGAGGAAAGGCUGACGCGGUGCAGCACGACGCUCCGGAGGUGCAGGAGUGCUCCGAGCAGCGGUUGCCAUCUUCACCGUCAUGUGAGACCGGCUCAGAGGCAAAUGCAGAUGUAGAGUCCCAGCAGAACCUCAGCACUGUGACCGUCUCCUUUGCGGACUUCCUAAAGAGUCAAAGCCCAAAGGUGGCAGCACGGAAGCAGCAGCAGCAGGAGGAGGAGGAGGAGGUGGAGGAGGAGGAGGAGGUGGAGGAGGAAGAAGAAGAAGAAAAAAAAAAGACAGAGGCAGGUGGAACGGGACCUACUCCACCACCAGGUGACCAGGCCACCGAUAGGCUGAGCGUCAUCAACCCUUUUGAAGAGGGGGGCGACCAGCCUCCCACCCAGGUGUCUCCUCGCACUCUGACCGUCCAGGCGGAGGUACACCCCAUCUCACCCGACCAGGACCUCUCCCAUGCCUCGGAUCGUAAGGUGGCCUCCAUUUUCACCGCCUGCCGCAGGACAAAGGACAAGUUCGCGGCCUCUCCCCAGCCGCAGGCGAACUCCGAGCCACACCCGACCCCCCUGAGGAGGUCCAAUGUAGUGCUGCAGGAGGAGGACCUGGAGCUGGCUGUGCUGGAGGAUGGAUCCUCUCCCAGUGCCGCCGCCGCCAACGUGCCCAAGUGCAGCCAGGCAGAGCGAAAGCAGUUCAUGAACGCCUUCAAGCGGCCCACCCCCCAGGACACAGCCAAGGGCAAAGCCGGCAAGCAGAAGCAGCAGCCGUCCGAGAAAGACGAUCUGGCUAACGGGGAUGAAGGGGAGAAGGAGGAGGAGGAGGAGGAGGAGGGGAAGGCGAAGGUGAAGGUGAAGGUGGCAGAGGUGGAGAUGGUGGAGGCUGACCCCAAGCCAGUGGAGCUGAAAGGUGCUGCUCCAAAAGUGGCCGGGAAAAGAAAGCGUGGGAGACCAAAAAAGGACCAGAGAACCAUCCCCGAGGAGCCCACUCCUCCAGCCGCUCCCCCUGCACAGGCAGAGGCUCCUCCGGCAGCUGAGGAUGGGGACAGCCAGCCCGGCACAGACCAACCCACCAGCACACCGGCACCCGCCAGCACGCCCACAGAGACCAGGAGGAGGUCCCCCCGAGAGCCUACACGCAAGCAGAGCACCCCAGUCUCACUCACACCCUCAUCACAGUCAAACACAAACGGAGAGUCGGAGCCCAAACACACGCAGAGUUCUAGUAAACCUCAGGGUCUCCCCAGUCCGGUCAGCACACCCAAAACACACCGCCCCAAACAACGUGUAUACAGGUCCCACAUGCUAGUACCUCCAGAUGACCAAGGAAGCCCAAUCAGAAUGAAAUUUACCCGUGUGUUUCCAAGCCCUGGAGAGAUGAGUGAAUUUGAGAUUUUGAGUCCACUGAUAAAAGAGGACUCCAAGAAGAGGAGGAAAGCCCAGAAGCUGGUGCAGAAGGCCAGAGCCUUUCAGCAAAGCAGGCAGGCAGCCGCAGAAGAGAAUGCACCUCCGCGACGGUCCUCGCGCCGUCAGGACACUGCCAAGAAGAACUACUGCGAGCCCGAGGCAGCACACACAGAUGGGGUCAGAAAUACACCCUCAUACCAACCAUUGUCAUUUCAAUCACCAUUUGACUCAGUAAUAUGUCUGGAGGAAGGUGAUGGCAGCUCAACUGUGAAAUCAGAAGACACUAAAGCCAAAAAACAGAAGAAGGUCCGCAGCCUAAAUGACGUUUUGGGGAAAAAUACACCUGGGACCAAGGGGACCAAAACGCUUGCAGUGACAGGAUCUAAAGUGGCCCCUGUGUUCCUGGGGAAGAAGGCUCAGAGGUCGUCAGCAGUCAUCUCCAUAUUUGAUGACAGCAGUCACGACGCCUCGGAGACUUCCCUGGAUGACGAGCAGUUCCGGGCGCGCCGGGACUUCCUGAAGAGCGGCCUGCCUGAGUCGUUCAAGAAGCAGAUCGCCAAGACGGCCGCCAGCCGCGAGGCCUACACGCUCUCCUGCGCCUCCUUCCAGAGAGUGGAGCACGUGCUGCAGAGACCCGAGGGCUGUUCCCUGUGGGGUCUGCCGUGGCCGGCGUGUCCCCGUCUGAGCUGUGUGAAGGAGGCUGGUGCUCAGGUGGACAGGCCUGCCCCGGCUGCUGUGGGGCCAGUCGGCCUCACCAUCGUUCCUGCGCACAGGAGCUGCAGAGAGCAGUCUGUGUCUGGCUGGAGGGAGGACUUCUCUGAGCCGGUGCGGCGCUGGCUGCUGGAGGAGAUCGGCACAUCCAACCCCUCCUUCCCCACCCAUAGGAUCUUCGCCCAACUGCUGAGGAGACGAGCAGAGCACCUCCUGAAGGCCACUGUCCCAGAGGCAGAUGGUGUUCCUCAGGAGGCGUCUGGGUCCAGCUGCCCACAGCCAGUGGGAGGCAAGAGGAAGCGAGAGGAGGAGGCGGCCGCGGCGGAGAAGGUGCCCAAGAAGCGACGUGCCAGCCAGAAAGAGCCUGAGACAAUCAUCAUCCCGGACAACACCCCAGAGCCCCCUAGGAGGGGUAGAGGGGCCCGGGGCCGGACGCGCAGACAGCAGCACGAGGGGUCGGGAGAGGAGCCCAAAGCUGAGGUGGUGUCUACACCCGCUGUCCCUCAGAAGGAUGACGUGAUUGUGCUGGACAGCCCGUCGCCCUCUGAGCACACAAGCCCUGAGGACGCGGCGAGAGAGGACGUGAUGUGGACAGAGAAGUAUCAGCCUCAGCACUCCAGCGACGUGAUCGGCAACAUGCUGUCAAUCAGGAGAUUGCACAGCUGGCUAAGAGAGUGGAAGCUGAGGGCGGACCGUGAGGAGAGGAAGAAGCAGCAGGAGAAGAAGCAGGAGGAGGACUGUAACGACUCCUGGGUCAGUGAGUGUGAUGAGACCUUGGAAGAGGACCUGCUGUGUAACACACUGCUGAUCAGCGGCCCUACCGGAGUGGGCAAAACGGCCGCUGUGUAUGCCUGUGCCCAGGAGCUGGGCUUCAAGGUGUUUGAGGUGAACUGCUCGUCCCAGCGCAGCGGCCGUCAGAUCCUGUCCCAGCUGAAGGAGGCCACGCAGUCGCACCAGGUGGACAUCCAGGGAGUGAACGCCCACAAGCCCGCUUUCUUCAGCAGCUACAGCGGCGGUGGUGGAGGGAGCGGCUCCAGACCAGGCUCAUCCCCCCGCAAGGUCAAAUCUCCCAGGCGGGUCGUCUCCUCACCACACAAGCCUCCCCAGUCUCCACGGGGGGGGCCCUCCAAGCGGGGCUCACUGGCCCCCACCUCCCUGGCCAACUUCUUCAAAAUGGGCGGCAAGGCUCCUCCUAAAGAGGCUGCUGAAGCAAACGCCAAAAAGCCACAGCCAGUCUCUAAGAGCCCUCGCAAGAGAGCCAAGGCCAAGGAGUCUUCCUGUAAGACUGAGGAUCUGUCUGGAACCCCAGCGCCAGCACCCUCAUCAUCAUCACCAGCAGCAACACCACCAACACCAGCAUCAGCACCACCACCUGUGGGCAAGGCCCCGGGCGACGAGCAGGGCAAGAGAACGGCCACAUCGCUCAUCCUGUUUGAAGAGGUGGACGUCAUCUUUGACGACGACUCUGGCUUCCUGGCCGCCAUCAAGACCUUCAUGACCACCACCAAGAGGCCCGUCAUCCUCACCACCAGUGAUCCUUCCUUUAGGACCUCAUUUGACGGCUACCUUGACGAGAUCCACUUUGAGACUCCCUCCGUGGAGAGCGUGAGCAGCUACCUGCGGCUGCUGUGCCUGGCGGAGAGCGUGCGCGUAGAGGCGGAGGACGUGGCGUCUCUGCUGCGCUGCAACGGAGGAGACGUGAGGAGGAGCCUGCUGCAGCUGCAGUGCUGGAUCCGCAGCGGAGCAGGAGCCCCACACACAGCAUCAGCCACCGAGUCACUGCAGGCCAGUGGGAGUGGGGCAGCCGCUGACCAGGAUGGGAAGCCUGACGUGCCCCCCUGUGAGGCCAGCUGCACCGCCAGUCUCCUCGGCCUCCUCAACGUCCAGCCGCAGGGGAACCUGUUCGACUUCAUCAAGUGUGAGUCUGCGAGCCCACUCUGCUGGGAGCUGCUGGCUGAAGCAGGGAGCAGAGGCUUGGACCUGCUCUACUCCAACAUGGAGGUGCUUCUCCCGCUGCCUACCCGCACACUCAAGCACGCUCUACCCAUAGCACACCAGGAGCCUGAGCCAGACCAGCCUGUCCAUGUCCCCGCCACCCUCCCACCCCAGCCUGCCGUCCCCAGCCCCAACACUAAGCCCCCUCUGCUGGCUGAGAUGGAGGACGAGGCCAGCCCCCUCAAAGUCUCUUCCAGGAUGAGGCAGAAGAAGCAUCUCCGUCCAGACGCCAAGGACCCCUUCCAGUCCGACUCGGACUCGGACGAUGGCUUCCUCUCGCUCCCCAGACCCACAGCCGCCCUGGGCUCCUCUGCAAAGGAGCUGAAGGAGGAGCAGUUGCUCACACGGCCUGUGACGGAGCGAAGGAAGAAAGUUGAGCUCACCGAAGCCGAGAGGAAGAGGAGCGUCCCGGUGUCUCUCGCCCUGGGCGCCAUGGCCGAGUUCCUGGAGCACAUGUCCGCCCUGGACUCCUCCCUGCUGCACCCAGCAUCACGGGCAGCAGAGGGCGCAUGCGUGCAGGCGGCAGAGUACGGCUGGGCCCGGGCGGAGAUCCGCAGCGGCCUGACGGACGAGCCCCGGCUGGUGGCCGGCCACCGGGCGGCGGAGGAACAGGCGCGGGAGAUCCGGGCGGCGAUGGAGAGCCUGAGCUUCAGGAGGUGCAGGGCCGGGGUGGAGCAGGCGUUGGAGGCAGCGCAGGCCCUGGGCGAGGAGGGGGUCAGGAGGGUGGCGUUGGAGGAGAUCACCCUCCCCGUGGCUCCACACAGGCAGGCCUUCAGCAUCACGCCAGACAGCACGCUAUGCCAGCCAGGAUUGCUCCAGCAUAGGUGUGAGCUGAUGAGAAGCGUGUGUAGCUCCAGAGUGAGCCCCAGCAGCAGGACGGCCACAGCACUGGACAUCCUGCCUGCCCUGCGCGCCAUCUGCAGAUCAGAGCAGCUCAAGGAGCAGGGCAAGGUCAAGCGCAGGUUCCUGCACUACUUGGAGGGCAUCAACCUUGGUGUUCCGAAACGAACCCUUCAGCUUCUGGCAACUGAUUUCCCAUAAGCUGUGUGUGUGUGUGUGUGUGUGUUCUGUUGCCUGUGAUAGCAGCAGGCAAAAUGUGUCUUGUACAGUAAAAUGUGUUUUGUAACAUAUCCACAUUGAGUGGCCUUGAUUCUGCCUUAUUAAUGUAGUGUACAUUUUGUAACAGUAUGUUUUUAUACUGGCAAUCCUAAACAGUCCUAAAUACUGUGCCCUUAUUUUAUCAAGUAAUAAAUGGCUGGAUUUGACAAACAUUUGUAGUAAGAGAACAUGUUAACCUUUUAGAAAUGUUUUCACUUGUGGUUUGUAAACCUAGCCUCACUUUAUAUGAAUGAUGUUGACUGAGGGAUGUUAACGUAUGCUUCUCACAGUGUUUAUAAAGUGGGGUUAUAAAAUGACACGUUUUCUUUUUUUGUUUUCUUUAUCACAUUUGUCACUGGUUGUGUUUUUAUUUAUAUGGAAGUGUGGCUCUGGUUACUCUUGUAAAAUCUGGAAAAAUAAAACAUAUUUAUUUUUUCCACAUA